AUGUUUUCUAUUAAUAUAUGUAUUGAAAGACGAGUUCAUAUAUCGAAAGCAACACUUAAUUAUCUGAACGGCUUGUAUGAGACGGAACCGGGAAAUGGAGAGUUAAGAGAUCCGUAUUUGAGAUUACAUGCGGUCGAGACUUAUCUGAUCAAGAAGAGCGAACCAACUAAAUUAAAAAAGAGUGUCACGAAUAAGAGCUUUUCCGAAGACUGUUUGUAUUUGAACGUCUGGUCGCCGAACAACGAGAGCCCGAAGGCUGUGAUGGUUUGGAUCCACGGCGGCGCUCUGCUCGCGGGCUCGGCCUCGGAGUUCUACUACGAGGGGUCGGUUUUGGCCGCAAAGGGAAACGUUGUCGUCGUGUCCAUGAAUUACAGACUCAACGCUUUGGGCUUUCUGUACGCGGGCGCUGAUGAGGCGCCGGGCAACGUGGGUUUGUGGGAUCAGGCGCUGGCGCUGGAGUGGAUCAAAGACAACAUCCGGUACUUCGGGGGCGACGACUCGCGCAUCACUCUGUUUGGGGAGAGCGCCGGCGGGUGGAGCGUCUCUCUGCACGUGCUCUCUCCCGUCUCGCGGCACCUCUUUCAUAAUGCGAUUUUGAAUUCCGGCGCCUAUUUGUAUAAUCUCGGAGACGACAGACCCGAAGAUCACGUGACAAAGUGGCUGAAGGGCGCGAAGAGUAUCGGAUGUGAAUUGGUGGCCAUCACCGACGACAAGGCAUUGAUGUUCGGUUCGAUAAAGUUGUUCACUUUGGUCGUCAUUGACGGCGAAUUCCUUCCCGAGAGACCGAUAGAAAUGCUGCGAAACCGGGAUUUUUCCGCGAACAUCCAUCUUCUGGUCUCGACCACUGAAGACGAGGGAAGUUUCCUUUUGAGCGGAUUUUACGAUUCCGACAAAUUCGACGAACAAAACCCGAAAAACCUUUCGUUCGCCGAAGCGUUCCAUGAGUUGAAAGUGGUUUCCGAGGAAUCUUCCUCUUUGAUCCCAAUUGACGGCAAAUCUGUGGCGAAACUCUAUUUCUCGGGACUUUCCGACCGAAACUCGUUCGCGGAAUUGCGGCGCAGACUCGGCGUCGCGAUCGGCGACUACUUCCUCUCGUGUCCGACUCUGGAGUUCGCGAAACAGGUGUUUAUAAACAGCGACUUCGCGGCCAAAGUGUGGCAGUACUUCUUCAACGCGCAGUUCGGCCCCAACGCCUUCUGCGCGCAUUGGAUGGGCGUCUGUCACGGCAACGACAUCUCCCCGAUGUUUGGACUUCCGUUUCGAUUCGGGGAACAAUUCGGCGAAAGAGAGAAAGAGAUUUCCGAACAAAUGAUUGCAUUUCUCGCGAGUUUCGCCAAAAAUGGGUUCAAUUUCCAUCUUUUUCUUUCGCCUUCGGAUCGGAACGGCGUUCAACUGUGGGAACAGUACUUCCGUCUCGCGAAUAAUGAAGUCGUGGCGCCGUUUCUGGAGAUCGGAGUUUCUGGAAGUGAGCGCAAAGUGGGACUCAAAGCGAACGAAUGCGAAAGACUUUGGAACCGAUAUUUGCUGUGA